AGAGAGUAAUAAUCCCUUUAAUAGGACAUAUCCUUCACAAUUUAUUAUCUCUAAGUGUUGUCUCCCUCUAAACAGACAUCAUUAAUCAAACAACACAAAAUAAUGGCAACCAAACUUGGUUUUAGACAGGCCUCUAGGAACAAAUCGAUAAAAGAACACUUCAAAGUAUGUUUUUGUUUCAAGAGAAUGUUUAGGCUUAAGGUGGCUGAACCUCCAGAAGAAAUCAACAAUAUAUUUGAUACGUAUACACAGAAUGGUACCAUGAACAUGGAUGAAUUGUACAAUUUUUUAGUUCAUUUUCAAGGUGAAGAGAGGGGUGAUGAUACCAAGAAACAUGCUCAAGCCGUUUUCCACAGUCUUAGACAUCUCAAUAUAUUUCAAAGGAGAGGUCUUCAUUUUGAUGCUUUCUUCCGUUAUCUCUUGGGAGACCUUAAUGGCCCCCUACGUGAUCAGGUGCACCAUGACAUGAAUUCUCCAUUGGCUCAUUAUUUCUUGUACACAGGCCAUAACUCCUACUUAACUGGAAAUCAAUUUAGCAGUGAAAGUAGUACCACCCCAAUAAUAAAGGCUCUGAAAAAAGGAGUUAGAGUCAUUGAGCUGGAUUUGUGGCCAAAUUCCAGAGAAGAUGACGUGGACGUUCGUCAUGGAGGGACUCUGACUUCUUCAGUAAAACUCAGAGAUUGUUUGAAUGCCAUUAGGGACAAUGCAUUUGAAGCCUCUGAUUAUCCUCUUAUAAUAACUUUUGAAGAUCAUAUAACUCCACCUCUUCAACGCAAAGUGGCCAAAAUGGUGGAUGAUAUAUUUGGAGAUAUGUUGUUUCGCCCUGAUUAUUCACAUCAAAUGAAGAAAUUCCCUUCUCCAGAAUCGUUGAAGGGAAAAAUUCUAAUUUCAACUAAACCACCAGAGUCUCCUGAAAAUCAAGGCCAGAAGGUACAAGAGGAAGAAGUUGAGUGGCUUGAGGACAAAGAUGACAGAUCUAGAGUCAAUGAUGAGGAUGAGUCGGAUGGCGAGAGUGAGGAGGAGGAGUCUCUUGAAUAUAGGAAUUUGAUUUCUAUUCAUGCUUGGAAGCCAAAAGGUAAGGUAGAACACUGGCUGUUGGAUCAUGAUCAAGUUAGGCGUCUUAGCUUGAGUGAGCAAGUUCUUGAAGAUAUCGCCAGAACUCGUGGAACUGAUAUUGUCAGGUUCACCCAGAAUAAUUUGCUUAGAGUAUACCCAAAGGGUUCACGCAUGGACUCCUCCAAUUAUGAUCCUAUGACUGGAUGGAUGCACGGAGCUCAAAUGGUAGCAUUUAAUAUGCAGGGACAUGGACAUUUUCUUUGGUAUAUGGAAGGAAUGUUCAAAGCCAAUGGUGGUUGUGGGUAUGUUAAGAAACCAGACAUCUUAUUGAACAAUAGUGAGAUCUAUGAUUCUAGAGUGAACCGACCAAUCCAGAAAACUCUGCAGGUUUUGGUAUACAUGGGUGAGGGGUGGCAAUCCGAAUUCGGCCAAACACACUUCGAUUUUUAUUCUCCACCUGAUUUCCGCGUACAGGUUGGUAUUCAUGGUGUCCCAGCUGAUAUAGACACCAAAGUAACUAGGACAAUUGAAGACGAGUGGGUCCCAGUUUGGAUUGAAGAGCUUAACUUUCCAUUAACUUGUCCAGAAUUGGCACUAUUGCACAUCAAAGUUAUUGAGCGUGACUUUUCUGGACAACAUGAUUUUGCUGGACAAACAUGUUUACCUGUAUCAGAGUUAAGAGAAGGAAUUCGCUCUGUUCGUUUGUGUAACCGCAAAGGCGAACCUUACAAGCAUGUUAGGCUUCUAGUCCAAUUUCGAUUUUCUAAUCACUAGUACAGCACACAAAUCUCUGUUAUGCUGCUGCAUUUGUGGUUAAAUUGUUAUGGACAAAAUAUUUCAGUGUAUCAAGAAACAAAUGAAAAUAUAAAUAGAGUACACUUUAUCAAUUUGUAUUGUACAUUCAUUAAUAUAAACUAUCUUAAUCACUAAUUAAAAA